AUGGGUAACUGUUGCGUUAGCUCCGCCACCAAAGAACCGCCGCAGAAUUCUGAACGGAAAACUCUGCCACCCCACCACCCGUUGCCGGAAGAGGAGACGGUCAAAGAAGUCCUCUCCGAAACCCCCACCGUUCGCAAGAACCCACCGCCGGUUCCGGCGAAUGGGUCCCACCCGCCGAAGAAUUCGCCGCCGCCGGCGGUGAAGCGCACCGAAAACGGCCGGAAACCUCCCGCCGGCGGGAUGGUUUUCCGGUCCGAUGGGCUCUCCGGCGAGAUUUUCUCCCCCGAGAUCUGCAAGAGAGAUCACGGAGAUGACGUCAUAGAGGCCCGCCGGAGGUCCCCGCCGGCGAGGGUCCAAAAACGGUCCGUUCCCGAAAAAAACGGCGUCGGCCGGUCGCCGUCGAGGAGAUUUGAGCCGUCCCCCGGCCGCGCAAGAUCAAGCCCCGGGAGGGAUCCCGGCCAGGGCUCCCCGGGUAAUGUGUCAAGGAUGGACAACGGCGAGAUCUCCGGCGGCCUGAGAUCGAGGUCACCGAUAAUGCAUGCCGAUAACGGAAAUGCAAGAAUCGGGUCAUGUCGGAGUCCGUCGGCGAGGAAAACGGGAAGAUCGCUUGAGCGGGUCAGAUCCGAAUUGGGCGACAAGAGCCGGAGGUUAGAAGAAAGUUAUUCUAACAGAGACAGUAGAGAAAAGUGGCCCCCAACAUAUUCUAACGAGUCCCUGGAAAAUCCACUUGUAUCCCUGGAAUGUUUCAUUUUUCUUUAG